CCAUAGGUUGUAAAGCAAACGGAUUCGAAAAACCCGUCACAUUUGUAACAUUUUUAUUUUGUUUGGCGAUCACUUGUGUUGUGCGACCGACACUCAGCACAGGGAAAAUGUUCAAGAAACGUCAGACGAAGGUCAAGUCCUUUUUCCGCAGCGAGGACAUGGAGCUGUGCCAGCUGCUGCUGCACACGGACAACGCCUUCGACUGCCUCAUGGAGCUGGGUCACCACGGAUCGGCGCAGUUCAACAACGUGUACGACGAGGACCGGCUGCUGAACAACCUCUACUCGCGCAAGGUGGCCCAGUGCCACGAGCUGCUGCGUCUGGUGGAGAGCCUGCACAAUCAGAUCACCCAGCUGCAUGUGAACGAGGUCUUCUACCCGGACGUGGAUCGCGACGAGCGGAUGCGGGAGAAGGACCUGGCCAAGUACGAGGCCCGGCUGAAGCGCAUCCACGUGGAGGCCAGUGCCGUCACGGAGCACUACUACCGGCUGGAUAGCCGGCGGUACCGCAUGAUGGAGCACAGCUUCGCCAUAGCCAGGGCCAACAAGUACAUGACCGCGGACAUGGGCAGCGAGCUGCUCUACUCGGAGAGCACGAUGAUGGGCCUGGUGCAGGACGCCAGCGCGGCGGCCCAUCAGUCGCAGCUGAACUACCUGAUCGGCUGCAUCCGGGCGGACAAGUUCUACAGCUUCGAGCUGCUGCUCUACCGCCUGUGCUCCUUCAACCUCAUCGUCCGCUUCGCCGAGAUGCCCGACCCGGUCUACGAGUACCACCACGGCCAGCGGCCGGAGAAGGUGCGCAAGUUCGCGCUCCUCCUGAUGGCCAGUGCCACGAUGCUGUGGCCCAAGGUGCUCAAGAUCUGCGGCCACUACCACGUCAACGUCUACGACUGCCCGCGGUCGGCUAGCGAGCGGGAGGAGCGGGUGCGGGAGCUCAGCCAGGAGAUAGUGAACGUCGAGAAGGUGCUCAAGGAGGCCGAGACGAUGCGCCGCCAGAUCCUGGAGGUGGCUGGCCAGGACCUCUUCAUUGUGCGAGUGAAUCUGCGCAAGGCGCUCAGGGUCUACGACCUGAUGAACCGCCUGCGGCUGGUGGGCGGACUGGAGGUUCCCCGCUAUCUGCUGGCCGAGGUCUACAUACCAGCCUCGGAUGUCCAGGAGGUGCGGGAAAUCCUGCACAACACCUCCAGACUGAGUGGAGGGGCAGACAAGAACGAGGACGAGGACGAAGAGGCAGCAAUAGGCAAAAGGAUGAAGCGGGACUUCGAGCCGGAGGAGGACAUGUCUUCCAGGGCCAUUCUGCUGAAGAAGAACCGACUGGUCAAUCACAUGCCGCCGACGUACUUUCGGCUGAACAGGUUCACGAGGGGCUUCCAGAACCUCAUCGAUGCCUACGGAAUGGCGGACUACAAGGAGCUGAAUCCCGCCCCGUACACCAUCAUCACCUUUCCCUUCCUCUUUGCCGUGAUGUUUGGCGACCUGGGGCACGGCAUUCUGUUGAUCUUGUUUGCCGCGCUGAUGAUUUGGAAGCACAAGGAGAUCCAGAAGUACCAGAUUGCGUCGACGUCCGAAAACGAGAUCCUGAACAUCCUCUUCGCGGGUCGCUACAUAAUCCUGCUGAUGGGCAUCUUCUCCGCCUACAUGGGCCUCAUCUACAACAUAGUCAUGUCCAAGGGGUUCAAUCUGUUCGGCUCCAGCUGGAGUUGUCGGUACAAUGCGACGACGUUGGAGGACCACAUGUCCCAGCUAACCCUGAACGCCGCCGAUCCGAACUUCUACUCGGGCAACCCGUACCCCAUCGGCAUGGACCCGAUGUGGGCCGUGUGCGGCCAGGACUCGAUCACCACCACCAACUCGAUGAAGAUGAAGCUGGCCAUCGUGCUGGGCAUUUCGCAGAUGAUGUUCGGCCUGGGCCUGGCAGCCGCCAACUGUGUGCUGCUGAAGAAGAAGGCCGACCUGUUCCUGGUGGUCAUCCCGCAGAUGGUGUUCAUGAUCUGUCUGUUCUGCUACCUCGUCUUCCUGAUCUUCUUCAAGUGGCUGGCCUUCGGUGGCCACAAGCAGACGCCGUACAACUCGGCCUGUGCGCCCUCGGUGCUGAUCACCUUCAUCAACAUGAUGCUGAUGAAGAACGAGGAGCCGCCAGGGAACUGCCUGAGCGACAUGUACCCCUUCGAGCGGCUGGUGGAGUACGCCCUGGUGGUGAUGGCCCUCUGCACGGUGCCCAUCCUGCUGGCCGGCAAGCCGCUCUACCUGCUCCGCCGCCGCAAGCAGAAGCUGCGGGAAUCGCGCGACCUCAAGCCGAUGCGCCGCCAGACGAUCCGGGAGAUGCGCUCCACCAUGCGCUACACCGAAGGCGACUACGGCGAGUCCAGCAAGGGUGCGAAGGGCGCCGACAACGAGGAGGAGUUCGAGAUGUCGGAGAUCUGGAUCCACUCGGGCAUCCACACCAUCGAGACGGUGCUGGGCUCGGUGUCGCACACCGCCUCCUAUCUGCGCCUCUGGGCGCUCUCGCUGGCCCACGACCAGCUGUCCGAGGUCCUGUGGCACAUGGUGCUCAACAAGGGCUUCUCCAACAACCAGCCGCUGUACUACGCCGUGCCCAUGCUGAUGGCCUCCUUCUUCGCCUGGGCCGUCCUCACGGUGGCCAUCCUGGUGAUGAUGGAGGGCCUGAGCGCCUUCCUGCACACCCUGCGCCUCCACUGGGUGGAGUUCCAGUCCAAGUUCUUCGGCGGAGCGGGCGAGUCCUUCAAGGCGUUCUUUUUUCCGCCCUCCAACCAGCGGAGUUAGUUGUUUUGCGACCUGUUUUUCAAAACUUUAUAUAUGCAAAUUUAUGGUUUGUGCACUCUUGUACU